AUGGACAUGAUGCCCGGUAUCUUCAGAAAGCAUUCUUGGUGGGCUGACCGACGAGAUCUCUUCACCCUUUUGCAACACUUUGGCCUCAGCAGGACCACAGAACCGAGGGACAUUAACUAUGCGCUGUGCGGCAACUCGACAGACGCCAGCGGCCCCGGCAUCCUGACGCCUGACUAUGAGAUGCUGACGCACAAACUGGUGCAGGAUGUCUCCAAGUUCUUGUUUCUCUACGACUUGACUGGAGUGGCGGGGUUGAGACUGGUAAGCAUAACGGACCUUGCCACGCGCGUGGAGCAGCUGAACCACAUCGCCAUCCUCGGUCACAUCCAGAAUAAAGACAAGACAUCGUGCAUGAGACUCAUCAGCUGUGAAACCAGCGUCUCAAGACUGAGAGCGGCGGGCGCCUAUGCGCGCUUGUGUGGCUCAUCAAUGUUGGACAAAGUCUUGAGGAGGAACGGCAUCGUUCUACGACGAAGAGACCCGAUUCAGGAAGUCUUUCAGGAUUCAGGAUGCGACACCAUCGAGUUUCUUAUUAGCAAUCUCGCCGCACUGCAGCAUCAUGAACGGGAGGCUAUUGGCCUGAUUUUCAAGUACAGACCGCUCGGCGAUAUCGCUGAUGCAUCAAAACAAUUUCUCUCGGGUAACUCCAGAGCUUCAUGGGCUCACAGCUGGGCUCUCGCGAUGUUGGCGGCGUGGCUCUUCCACCGUUGGGAAUCUUUCACCACAGACCGCCGACUGCUGCCUUGA